CAAGCUGUAACUAAAAAGGCUCCAAUAGCAAUAUUUGAACUGUCUGAACAGAGCACUUUAAAUAAUAUUUUAGAAAUAACUUUUAUAGUUGAGGCCAAAAAUCAAAAGGCCACAGUACCGAAAAUAGCACUGGAAACAGCAAAUAUGAUAAUUGAUACAGUUACAAGAAAUAUCUUUAUAUCUGACAAUAAAGGAUACAAAAUAGAGAAAACAGAAUUCACACUAGUUACUUCAAAAAAUGGAAAAAACAAAAAUAAAAGCAGAAGAGGUGAUCUUGUUAUAAAGGCUAAAACCCAUAGAGUAAAAUCAGAAGGCCCAGAAGAUCAAAGUCAAGAACUUGCAAUUUUGAAGAAGAUUAAAUGUAUCCAGAACAUGAAGAAAUAUAUUUUCUAG